GGCCAAAAUCUACUUUGACGGCUAUCUUCCACCAGCCAAACAACCUACCCGAACGCAACGCCUGCAGUCGCAUCUCAACCAGCUUAAUAGGCACCGGACAUUGACCAUGAACGGCUUCGGAAUGGCUGCUCUUAAGUCUCAAAAGGAAGUUAUCCCUCCUGCAAAUGCAGUAUCCUCAGUAAAGGACCACGGACUGUUCGAUUUCCAUGCAGCACCAUCACGCCUCACCUCCCUCCCAGCAUCGACCUUCCUUGUGCCCGGAAUAAUUGAAGCACUUUCCAAUAGCUCUUAUGCCCCUAUUACGGAAGUAGUUCCAGGUGAAGCCGACAUAUUCUGUGCACAAUAUGCAAAGGACCACGGGGGUGUGAUUUUGACUGGCGACUCUGAUCUCCUAGUGCAUGAUCUCGGUCCGAAUGGAUCUGUGGUUCUUUUCAGAGACAUUGGCUUCUCGGAUUUAGAUGGCAGCAGCUUGGGCGAAGAUGAGCACGCUCUAGUUGGGUUUGAGUAUAAGCCCAUGGAGAUUGCAACGGGGCUCGGACUUGAAAGCCUUCUGGGAUUGGCAUACUGCAUGACUCAAGACGGCAGUGAAGGAUUUACGCGCUGUCUACAAAAGGUCAGGUCGGGCAGUGUUGGAACAGAUGCUGACCCAGCAUACCGUGAGUUCUGUCAACAAUACCUCUUCUCACCACGUUCGCUUGCUUUGCUUCGCAGUGAGAAGGAGAUGCUUUCAAGAGAGGCCCUUGAGACGAUCUUGAGACGAAGUGAUCCGCGAAUAUCGGAGUUCAUUCACUUGUUUGCUUUUCCUGAAGAUGCUCGUGGUACAGAUGAGGUUGAAGUGUUCCUGCCAUUUCUCAUAGAUGAUCCCUCCAGAGCAUCCGCUUGGAAGGUUGGCCUGUUUGUACGCCAAAUGGCCUACUCGAUUGCAAAUAUCUUUGUGCCAGAUGAUGUGCACGCACAUACUUCGGUUAAGGAAUGGUCAAGGAGAGGAGUUGAAGUAUGUCCACUUCAGACUGCUUUACUGUCGCUGGAAGAACUCUCGCAGGCGUGCGAAUCGUUUCUGUUCUUGAUGAAUAGAAUUUCCUCAGAACAGCCCCAGUUGUCAACGGCAGAUACUUGGAAGCUGUACGGGGCCUAUGAAGUUUGUCGAUGGCAUGCACAAGAAGGGAAGGCAGUUCCGUCAUCAUUCGACCUCGAGCAAGUUGUGACAGGACGCCUAAGGUCUACCACUUUAAGCUGGUCUGUGGUUCAUCUCUUCGCACAACUUCAUGCUGCAUUGUAUUCUGUCAGGAUGCUCCAGCAGGUUCUGGAGGUGUCCACAAAGCUUAUCAUAGCGAGGGAAUACCCAAGUUCCAGUACACUGGAUAUGCUCUCCGCUCUCAACUCGUUACUUGCUGGGCUGCCUGGUAUACAUGAACUUUUUUCAUAUCAAUUGCGUCUAGCGAAUGAAGCGCAAGAGGAGCAGAGUAGCGAUUCCUGGAGCAAAGCCCUUACUUUUAUUUUUGAACUCUCGGAGGGCGAAGAGUUAGAUAUGGAGAUGACUGGCGAAGUAGCACCGACCGAGGUAGAUACAUCGGCCAAAAAGGGAAAGAGGUCGAAGAAGAGGCAAAAGGGAAGAAGAAAAUCCAACAGGAAAAUCAGUCGGCCUGGUACAUCAUCGAAAAACCCAUACGCGAAUCUUGGAGAAGGAUAAAUCUUAUAAUUCUGGUAUAAAGGCUGGCCUUUUGAAGACGUAAAUCGUAUUCCCAUUUCGCGUUUAGGUGUCCAGCAUUUGGUGCAGGCCACACAAAACUGUUUAAUACACAACGCAAACUCCAGUAAAAUGAAAAUGACAAAAAAGGAAAAUCAUAGAAGUGGCAUCGAUAUCAAUACACGUGUCGAAGAGAAAAACGAAAAGAAAGUUGGAUAAAAGGUGACUCCCGAAUCUUUGUGC